AUGGCGACACCACCUCCUGGGCGACCUCUCUCCAACACUUCGAAUAUGACCCCUAGGACUACGCAGGGUCUUGCACGCAAUCCUUCUCUACGCGGCAGAUCAGUAAGGCGGACUCCCGUUCGGUCUAGCAUUGGAGUAGGAGACGAGAUGGAUGGAGACGAGUCCAAGGACUUGAAUGCUCAGCUCAUCGCAGAUCUUAAGGAGCAGGUUGAACGAGCAGAAUAUGCCUCAGAGCAAUACCGCAAGCAGUUGAAAUUAUUACAACAACGCCUUGACGACGCCACAGAUCAGCAGACAGUGGCCGAAGAGCGAGAGUUCGCAGCCCGUACUCAGACCGACAAGCUCGCUGCGGAGGUCAAGGAUAGUGCCAGGCAGAAGAGGGACUUGGUUUUCAACUUUGAAUCAGAACGCAACGUACUUCUUCAGGAGAAAAGCAGAGCAUCAGCGCGCGAGAACGAAUUACAGACAACGGUUAAGAGGUUGACCGAUAUGUUGCAGGCGAAGAACGUGGAAAAGGCAAAUAUCGUUCGAACGCAUCCUAGUAGUGAAGAAGACCUUCAAUCCGCACCACAAACGUCCUCCUCGAACCAGGAAGAAUUGUUGCAGGUAUUGCAAGAGAAGGAAGCUACUAUUGAUGCUCUGAGACUGGAACUCGCAGAUGUGCACUUCAAAGUCGCAGAACAGGAACAUAUGGGUGAUGGUAAUCUACAAACCCUGGAGAAGCAAUUGAGCGAUGUCAAGAUGCAGAAUGCCAGACUGGUAGAGGAGAAUGACAGUUUCCAAAUGCUGCUCAGCGAAAAGACCCUGAAGGGCGAUUUUAUGCACGAUACACAUUCAGAAUCUGGUGGAAUGAGCUCGCUCGCAGAGGAGCUGGAGUCAAUUGGUGAGAACGAUGAGAUCUCGAUGGAACAAUAUAAGAAGUUGGAGGCAGAUCUAAAGAGCGUCAGAGAGGAAAAGAAGGCUUUGACACUGUAUGUUGACAAGAUUAUUGGACGGUUAUUGCAACACGACGACCUCAUGCACAUUAUUACUGGUAAAGAUGCGGACGAAAAUAUCCCUCCUCCACCACCGAAACCCGUGGUCAAGGAAAAGCCACUUCCUCUAGCUCCCGCAGCACUCAUUUCAGGUCCAGCUGCGGACGCACCAACGACUCCAACAGUCGUGGGCGGCUUCCUAUCAAGGGCAAAGUCAGUGGUAAGUAGAGCCCCAGCCGCUCGUGGGGCUCGACCAAUGUCUUUCAUGCAAGCUGCUACUGUUUCGACUCCUACAGCGAACGAGAACCCUCAGACUGCUCCCAGUGUACCAAUCAAUAGAGGUCAUCGUCGAGCUCGCUCCGAUCAGAUGCAGCCGCCAGACCUCGGAGCAGCUGCUGUUGUGCAACACGUGAACAAAGGCUCACCACUCAGGACUGCCAGUGGUGGGCCUACCACAGGCAUCAGCCCACUCCAAAGAGCACAAACUUCAUACUUUGCGCCACCAUCUCGAUCAGAGACUAUAAGAGCACCGUCACAGAGCGGCACAGCAGAGCCGUCAAGCUCAGCAAAUAGUGUCAAUAGUGGUGAAAGCUAUGGAAGGCAGUCGACGGAGGCUACAUCUGCGCAGACGAGCACUCACACUCGCGAUCGUGAAAGCAUGGCCCCUCCUGUGACUGCAGGAGUGAUGAAGCAGAGCCAAUUGAGACCGCUCCGACUUGUACAAAACCAAGACGAAGAAGAGCGGAAGAAAGCUAAUAGACAGAGUUGGAUGGGAAAUUGGUUUAAUAGGGGUAGUAUUGAUGCGUCUCAAUCGUGA